UUCUCCAUUUUUGAUGCUCUCAAUGAUACAACUACUAGAACCAGAUCAAAUAUUUCCAGAACAAAUACUUCAGAGACUGGGGGCGCGAGCAACUCGAAGAAGGUUGAAGUAGUUCCUUUGUUGAGUAAUGUAGGUAUCCCUAAAAGCAUAAUGAAGCUUGAAGCUGGCCUAUCAAAAGCAAGAGCCGCCAUAAGAGAAGCCACCUUAAGUCAUCGGAAUCGGACACCAAUCGAAGACCCUGAUGAUUAUGCCCCAAAGGGCGGAAUCUAUCGAAACUCAUAUGCAUUUCAUCGGAGUUAUUUGGAAAUGGAGAAAAGGUUCAAGAUAUUUGUGUAUGAAGAGGGCGAGCCGCCUUUAGUUCACAAUGGGCCCUGCAAAAGCAUAUACUCCUCCGAGGGCAUAUUCAUUCACGAGAUGGUUCUUGGAAAUCGCUUUCGAACCAGGUCUCAGGAACGCGCCCAUGUGCAUUUCCUUCCAUUUAGUGUGGUGGCGAUGAUACAAUUUGUGUAUACCCCUAGUUCCUUCGAUCUUUAUCCUGUUAAGAACUUGGUUGCUGAUUACAUAGAUGUCAUCUCUAAGAAAUAUCAUUACUGGAACCAGAGCCUUGGGGCAGAUCAUUUCAUGCUCUCCUGCCAUGACUGGGGGCCCCACACAUCGGCCGCAAACCCCCUACUGAACAAGAAUUCCAUCAGGGUCCUCUGCAAUGCCAACAGCUCCGAAGACUUUUACCCCCAGAGGGAUGUCCCCCUGCCUGAGAUCAACAUCCCAUCUGGCAGCAUCGAAGGGAUGCUUGGUGGCCUCAGGCCCUCGGCUCGCACAAUCCUCGCUUUCUUUGCCGGUGGGGUUCAUGGAUGGAUUCGGUCCAUACUGCUCCAACACUGGAAGAACAAGGACCCGGAUAUCCAAGCCUUUGAAUACUUACCUCAUGACCUUUCGUACUGGGAUAUGCUGAGGAAGAGUAAGUUUUGCCUUUGCCCAAGUGGUUAUGAGGUCGCAAGCCCGAGACUCGUCGAGGCCAUUUACGCAGAGUGCGUUCCGGUUAUUAUCUCCGAUCAUUAUGUGCUUCCAUUUAGUGAUGUUCUUAAUUGGGCUUCUUUCUCAGUGGAGGUUAAGGUUGGGGAGAUAGAGAGACUGAAGGAGAUUCUUGAAGGGAUUUCCAUGGAGAAAUAUGUGAGGAUGCAGAGGAGGGUAAAGCAGGUGCAGAGGCAUUUUGUGGUUAAUGAGCCUCCAAAGAGGUAUGAUGUUUUCCAUAUGGUUAUUCACUCUGUUUGGCUAAGGAGGCUCAACCUAAAGUUGCACCUUUAG